GCCAUGAGUCCAGAGAUUUAUAAUUUAACAAAAAUCUCGUACAAAAACUUCUUAAUGGACGCCAAAUACUCGAAGAAGUUUAUCGACGAAUUGGUUCAGUCGAUAUCGUUAGUCAAUUACGGACAGGACGUCUCUAUUCCUGCAUUUGUUGGUUGUGUGUCGUUUGCCGGCGCCGGUGAACAGUUGUGGGCCAUUAAAGGCGGCAAUAAAUUACUGGCCAAACAAUUGGCCCACAAUUCCGAGGCAACGAUUUCGUUGAAUACGAGAGUGAAUUCUGUGACUCAAUUGGACGCCAAUCUGUUUGAGUUGAGUGUCACCGACGAAAAGUCGGGCCAAACGUCGACUAGACGCUACAACAGUGUUAUUAUCGCCACUCCUCUCACCGAAAAUCAGCUCAAAUUCAUUAAUUUCAGCACUAAUUUCAAUGUAAACUUUCCUAAACGCCAAUACCAUAGGACGGUCUCCACACUAGUGGCCGGACAUCUCAAUAAGAAAUGGAAGGGAAGGGAUGUGUUGAGUGACAACGAGAGCACAUUCUUCACGUCAAUCGGCAGAGUAUAUCCGGUGGACGACUCGCGUGACGAACGGACACCAGUCUAUAAGGUGUUCAGUCGUACGCCACUGACCACCGAUCAGUUGGACCUUAUUUUUGAAGACACUCAAGUGGUUUACGUCAAGGACUGGUACGCAUAUCCGCACUACGACUCUGUAUCGGAACCGUUGCCGCCGUUCAUCCUAUCGCCCGGUGUUUAUCACUUGAAUGCCAUUGAAUGGGCCGCCAGUGCUAUCGAAAUGAGUCUAAUCGGCGGUAAAAAUGCGGCCCUUUUAGCCUAUAAUCAAUUGGGCGGCAAAACAGGAGACGCUAACACUUAUACUCAAAACACUGCAAAUCAUCAAAUAACUGACGAAUUAUAGCAAUGUUUGCCAA